ACUACUUAUACAAAUAAGGAAUGCAAAGGACCUUGAUUGAAAUGCGCCCACGUGAGGCAUAAAAUAUUCCAACAAUUCCUCAAAGAUCCCUCGCGGAUUAAAUGAUUAGUUCACCUAGGAAUGCGGCCGAGCGAAACAUUCGCAAAGCUUCUCGUGGGAUUCAGAUAACUGUUGUAUUCGGUUUGGUUGUAUUGUUGGAUGGCAUCCUGCACGUCGUCGCAUCGCAGCUUUCGUCGUGGAUCUUCUGGCGGGAGACGUGGGUCAUUGGCAAACGGUGGACAUUUUUAGCCAACUGGAACGUUACCCAUCAUUUGCUGGGCGUCGGACUUGCUCUCCUCAUUGCAUCACUCUUUCACAACUACACGUAUCGCCGUCGGGCUUACCAGUUUUUUCGUCGGCUGGGCAUUCCCGGCCCGAAACCGCAUCUAAUUAAAGGCAAUGGCGACAAAAUGCGCAAUCAUUCGCUGGUGGCCAUCGACGUCAUGGAUCAAUGGAAAGCGGAAUUCGGAGAUGUCUACGGCUAUUUUGUCGGAAUGAAACCUUACGUGGUGGUCGGAGAUCUCGACAUGGUUCAACAAGUUCUCAUUCGCGAUUUUCACAAGUUUGUCAACCGACCGGCUAUGGGCAUUGAAAUUCGACCCGUUAUCAACACGCUGGUCGGUUUGCGCAGCCACAGGUGGAAGGAGGUGCGACGAGUCAUUUCGCCCACCUUUUCCACGCGUAAAAUGCGCAAAAUCAACUCCAUCAUCAAUCGGUGUGCUGAUAUCCUGGUGGAAGUUGUUGGCAAACACGCUGAAACUCGGAAUGAAAUCGAUUUUUACGGUGUCUUCCAGGGUCUAACGUGCCAGGUGAUUGGUGAAUGCGCAUUGGACACUAAAGUUGAUUGUCAACGACAGCCUCAAGAUGAAUUCCUCAACUCUCUGCGGCAGUUCUUGAAACAAGCCAAUAAUCCCAUCAUCGAUUUGGCCAUUUAUUUCCCGCUGGUCAGAGAAAUUUUGGCUGUCGUAUGUCGUGUGGCUUCGCCUUGCGGUCAAUUCACCCAGUCGAUCAUCGAUAAAGUCCAGGGUGUCAUCAAUCAACGCAGAGAGGAUCGUCUCAGCGGUACGUCGACCCCCAAUCACGGUGACAUUUUGCAGCUGUUGAUGGAAGCCUCUGAGAAUCGCCAAGAAGACACGGACGAUACGGACGGACGCGUCCGACCGACGCAUCAAUUGCUCACCGACGAUGAAAUCAUUGCCAAUGCUUGGGUUUUUCUUCUGGGCGGUUUUGAAACCACCGCCAAUGCUCUCACCUACUGCGCGUAUUUGCUGGCCACUCAUGCGGAUGUCCAGCAAAAACUGUACGAGGAACUAAGGGAUUACCUGGGGGAAAGUUCUGGCGAUCUCGAAACAGAUUACAAUACAAUUAGCCAGUUAACUUACCUGGACAAGGUAUUUUGUGAAGCCCUGAGGCUCUUCCCACCUGUGGUGUUGUUCGUGACACGCGAGGCGGCUGAAGACGCCCAACUGGGUGAUUUUCAUAUCCCUGCCGGUACAAACGUUCAGAUUCCCAUUUGGCAAAUCCAUCACGAUCCCAAACUGUGGCCGGAUCCUUACAGAUUUGAUCCUGAACGAUUUGAACCGGAAUUGAAGAAAAACCGACAUCCAAUGGCCUGGAUUCCGUUCGGCUCUGGACCUAGAUCUUGUCUUGGAAUCCGCUUUGCAAUGCUGGAAGCCAAAAUUGCCUUGGCUAAGCUUCUCAUGAACUAUCGAUUGGUGCCGUGUGAACGUACCGAAGAAAAGCUGACGCUCUCUGUCCCGACGGUGACACUCAAUCCAAAAUCAGGCGUGUGGUUAAAAGCUGAAAAAAGAGAGCAGACAUCCGCAUGACAGAGAAAAAUGAAAA